AAUUCUAAACAAACUAACAAGACAAAAUAGUUUCUUCAAAAUCAGCCCUAACCCGACCGAGCAAAACAAAACCCUAAAAACCUCUCGACACCGCCUCAUAUUUCUCUCCUUCUUCGUCUCCGAUGGCGACCAUUCCAGUUAACCCAAAACCGUUCCUGAACAACUUGACCGGAAAGACUGUCAUUGUUAAACUGAAGUGGGGAAUGGAGUACAAAGGUUUUCUUGCCUCUGUAGAUUCAUACAUGAACUUGCAGCUAGGCAAUGCUGAAGAAUAUAUUGAUGGUCAAUUCACUGGAAAUCUUGGAGAGAUCUUGAUCAGGUGCAACAAUGUUCUCUAUCUUCGUGGGGUUCCAGAGGAUGAGGAGAUAGAAGAAGCUGAUAGAGACUAGGUAGUUUUACAAGCUGUGUAACUUGAUCUUAACUGGUUUGUAUUUCUACCCUAAUUAGAUGCUGUGUAAUUUGAUUGACAUUGCCUAUACUGCUAUUUAUACUCCACUAUUCCAAACAAAUUAAUUUCACUGAAUUGAAUUGUGCUCUA